AUGGACCAUUUUUGUCUGAAUUUGGCUAGAGAUGGACACGUGGGUUCUGGUGAGGCUCUUGCUUCUUUGGUUCAUAUAUUCGUUAGACAUUCUAGGCUAAACGAGGCGGUUUUGGUUUUGGGGAACAUGACAUCAUGUGGGUUUAAUCCCUCUGUUGACGUUUUCAAUGAUUUGUUGGGUGCUCUUGUUGGAAAAACAGAUUUUGAACGUGUCAUGUUUGUUUAUAAGGGGAUGGUGAAAGGGGGAAUUGUACCCAAUGUUGAUGCUUUGAACCAUUUGUUGGAGGUUUUGUUUGAGACCAAUAUGAUUGAAUUGGGGUUGAAUCAGUUUAGGAGGAUGGGAAAGAAGGGGUGUAGUCCGAAUGUUAGGACCUUUGAGAUUGUUCUAAAAGGUCUUGUUUUGAAUGGUAGAGUUGAUGAUGCAGUGCUCAUUUUGUAUAAAAUGUUGGAGCUCGGGUAUUGGCCGGAUUUAAGUUUCUAUACCUGCACUAUCCCUUUGUUUUGUGGAGAGAACAGACUCGAAGAAGGAAUGAUGCUAUUAAGGCAGAUGGGAGCAGCUGAUUUAGUGCUGAAUUCGGUAAUUUGCAGUAAAAUGGUUCGUUGUUUAUGUAUGAACCUUCGUCUAGAUGAGGCGACUAACGUUCUUGAAGAGAUGAUGGAAAUCGGUGAGAUUCCACCCGUUGAUUCUUUUGUGGAUGUAGUGAAUGGUUUUUGUGAAGCUGAGAGAUAUGAUGAGGCAUUUCGUUUCUUGGAGAAUAACUGUGAUGACUUAAUUUCUCCACAUAAAGCAUUGCUCGAAGGUUGCUGUAAGGCUGAUGGAUUUGUGAGAAUGCGGGGAUCAAUAAAGCUUACGAGCUUCUCGGCUGUAUGCGAUGUUGGAAACGUGGAUGAAGCAGUCAAGCUGAGGUCACUGGCUUAUUAUUCCGGUAUUUCCUGCUAUACUUCGGCUUAUGCCUCUAUAAUGUGUGCCUUGUAUAAAUCUGAAAGAGCUAAAGAUGUCUUGCCUGUGGAUAGAAGGGUGCGGGAUGAGGCUCGAAAUUUGUUAGAUUUGAUGUUGGAAAGGGGUUAUGUUCCAGAUUCUACAACUCAUGCAUUGAUCAUCGGAUCAAAUGUUAAUAGGGUAACAAGUAGGGGAGUGCCAACAUACAAACAAUCAAUCGAUGAAGACAAUGUCAGCAACAUUCUUGCCGAGGCAUUGGGGAAAUGGUAG